GGAACGGACACCAUAUAUACAACUCUCGUAUGGAAUCUACUAUUUAUGGUAUAUUAUAGCGAUUGGCAGCAAAUCAUGCGAAAUGAAGUGAACAAUAGACUGGGCGAUAGGGCACCGGUUGUGGCCGAUAAACACCAUUUGCAUUGUGUUAUGGCAUUCAUAUACGAGACCAUUCGUUGGAGAAACGCAGGGAUUAUGGGAGCACCGCAUAUGACUUUUUCGGAUACCAUAUUGGGUUAA